AUGAUUAGAAGAAUAGGAUAUAUUAUUGAUUAUGAUUGUAAAAAUGAUUAAGAAAAACAAUAAUUUAAUACUUUUAAAAUUAAAAAUAUAAAAAAUGAAUUGAGUCCAUUGAAUAAGAUGAAAUUGAUAAGCACUAAGAUCUGCUUAAAAUAAAAUUAUAUCACUUUUAUGAGAUUAAGUAACUUCAUUUAAUUGAAGAAAAAGAAAAGCAAUUUCAAUAGCUUUCUUUUAUACAAAAAAGGAAUCUAUUGA